AGUUUACAAUAUCAUAUCAAUACUCAUCUCCCUAAAAAUAUAAUAAAAAGUUAGGUAAUAAUAAAGUCAGUCGUUUUUCUACUACUAAACAUUGCAGAUAAACGGAGAUUAAACAUUACAUUUCAACACGUAAAAGAGUUCAAGAUAUUAGUUCCAAUAGUGAUCAAAAUUACUGGAGAACAAGAAACAAAAUGACUAAUAAAAUAUUGGACGUUAUACCUCAAAGGUAUGUUCUUGGAGUUAUGGGUUUUUUGGCAACCACUAACACAUAUGCGCUUAGGGUUGUGAUGAAUAUUGCCAUUACACAAAUGACUCUCCAACAAGCAGCUACACAGGUGGAUCCUAAUGCAUGUCCCGGUGAUGACGGAAGUACAAGUGGUAAUAGUACAACUCAAAUAAAUGAUCCGGUAUAUGACUGGAGCGAAAGUACCAAAGGGCUAAUUCUUAGUUCGUUUUUCUAUGGCUACAUAAUUACUCAUUUACCUGGUGGAAUGUUAGCUGAAAAGUUUGGUGGUAAACAUAUUUUAGGUGUCGGAAUUUUAAUAGGAGCAAUAAUGACAGUCUUAACACCUUGGAUUCUCACUGCAACUGAUGGUAAUUGGAAAGUAUUGAUCCUUACAAGAAUUUUUGUUGGAUUUGGACAGGGUACCAGUAAUCCAGCAAUUAAUUCACUUCUCGCCAAAUGGGUUCCAUUACAAGAAAGAGCAACAAUUGGUACCUUGGUGUAUGGUGGGAGUCAAAUGGGUACAAUUAUUUGUAGUGCCAUAUGUGGUGCGUUAAUACACGUUACAAAAUCAUGGGCGUCGGUGUUCUAUCUCUUUGGAGGAUUAGGUAUUUUAUGGUAUAUAUUGUGGCAGAUUCUUUGUUAUUCCUCACCGGAACAACAUCCAUUCAUUGGAGAAAAGGAAAAAAUCUAUCUGAAAAAGGAAAUAGAGGGAAUAUCAACAACAAGACCUCCCACUCCAUGGAAAGCAAUGUUGACAUCUGCACCAGUGUGGGCAUUAGUAGCUGCUCAAGCCGGGCACGAUUGGGGCUUCUUUACAAUCUUAAUAGAAUUGCCAACUUAUAUGAGCGAGGUAUUGAAAUUUAAUAUUAAAGAUAACGGACUAUGGAACUCCUUACCAUACAUCGUGAUGUGGGUAUGCUCUUUGAGUUCUGGAAAAUUGUGUGAUUGGAUGGUAGCUAAGGGGUACAUUAAGGUUACAUUUGCAAGAAAAGUCUUCACAACAUUAGCUGCUGUUGGUCCAAGUAUAUUCAUCAUGGCCGCUUCUUAUGCAGGAUGUGACAGAGCUCUUACUGUUGGCAUGUUUACGAUAUCCUUAUUUUUAACCGGACCGUUCUAUUGCGGUUUUAAAGUUAACGCCCUGGAUAUUGCUCCCAAUCAUGCCGGUAUUCUUAUGGCCAUUGUAAAUGGUAUUGGAUCUAUAACCGGAUGUGUAGUACCUUAUUUGGCAGGCGCUUUGACUGAAGAUCACACAUUGCUGCAAUGGCGUCUAGUAUUUUGGAUCACCGGGGCAGUUUACGUCGUAACCAGCAUUAUAUUCUGCAUUUGGGGUAGUGGAGAGUUGCAGCCAUGGAAUGAUCUUUCGAGUUGUGGUUCAGAUGAAAAGUGUCCUACAAAGAGCUCUAGUGAUGAUCUAAAGAAAGAAUCUGUUUAAAUAGAUAUAUUAAAAUGCAUCGCUCGUAUCAAGCGAUUUUAAAAUAAUAAGACCAACAUAUUUUAUCUUUAAGUUUUUAUAAUUUUAAUUUUAUUUAAUAUGUAAAUAAUUUAAAAAUAUUCUAGAAUUAAAAUUUAAAAUACACACAAAUAUUUAUACAUUUAAAAACAUUGUAUUUCACUGGUUUUCAUCGAUGAAAAAACUCGAGGUGUUCGAAAUAUUAACGAUUUCUCGGAUAGACAGAGUUUUUAUUGAAGAAGUUUUGACACGAACGAUAAAAUAUCGGUAAAUAAGCAUAACCAUAAUUUGUCACAAACUAGAAUAUCUCGGUCAUUUAACGUGCUAUGAAGAAAGAUAAAAGAUUCUUCAAAUCAGAAAUAGUAGAAGGCAAGAAAUAAAGGCAAAUAGGUAAAAAAAAAAGAUCGAUAUCCCGAUUUCACAGUCAAUAAUCUACAACAAUAGAAAAGCGCCAUUACAACAAUUUAAGUCCGUACCAUUAAAAUUGUCGAGAUAAAAAAAUAAAAGAGAUAAAUUGUAUAAAAUAUAAUUCUCUCCAUUUUUAUUUAUGUGAAUUCAUGUCAUAAAGUUAAGAGCAAACAGUAGCGAUCAACAGGUAGCAACAAACGCGUUCGAAGAUUGCGGCUCUAAUUUUGAAUAUUUUGUCGAGAUAUUUGGGACACAUAUUCGUAAUAUAAUAAAGAAUGGCGGUACAGAGCCCAAUUUCAGAAAUAUGUUAGUAUCCGAGAGAUAGAUAUUGUUAGCUCCAAAAAAGGAGCCUGUACCGCCAUUAAGAAAGACAAAAAAUACACUUUCUUCAAUUAAACUUUUUUAUCCCGUGCCUAGAUUUUGUGUCAAAUUGGAAAUACUAAAAAUCGAUUUUUUAUAACAAGAAAUCAAACGUCAUUGAGUUGGCAACAUUUCGCGCCUAUGUGUAUAAAAAUUAUUGUUUUUGAUAGUAAACGUCACUGUCAGUGUCGAAUUACCGACGCACUGUUGCCUCACUUUUGAAAGUUCGCAGAACUUUCGCAAUCUUGGACAGCGUUUGUUGCUACCUGUUAAUCGCUACUGUGUGCUCUUAAUAAUAAACGAUAUAAUUCAAUAA